GAAAGUCAAAAGAGACACAGGUGAAUUUAGAUAUAUAAUUAUAGGGAAUAAAUUUAUUCUACAGGCAUGCAAGCGUCUCUUCAUCUGCUAUGCGGACGGGAGUGACAGACGCAGACUGAAUAUUCGGGUGUGCCAGAAAUCUGCGCUCUCCAUCCCUGCGAGCGCGUCUCAUUGAGAUCUACACGCUCGGCAUGAAUCUCAUCCCAGCGUUUAUUUACAGGCGAUAUCACUGUGGUCAGGUGUAAUGUGUUUUAUUGCUCUGAGAUGUGCGCACAGGAUUAAAUCGGAUGGAGCAGCGGUACGCCGUUAAGCCAGUAACCGAGAGGAGAGCGACAUUUGCGUAUUGCAACUGAACUGUCUGUGCGUGUAAAUCUGAGAAGAAUGGACACGCAAAAUAUGAUGCAGUGCAAGUGUCGUCAUCCGAGCAUCCGUUAUUUCUGUUAAACGGCUUUUUCGAUUUAUCACGGAAAGUCCUUCAUGCCUCACGGAAACAACCCUUUGGACUGUAUGAGGUAGAUUAUUGUUUAUAUAAGUGUAUGUUUGAAUAGAUCAACGUCUUGAAUCUCUGAAGGUUUGGGUAUUCGCAAACCAUCUUCGUAUUAUUAAUUUAUUCGGGUCAUCAUUAAGUAUUCAUACUGACAUUUCCGUUGGGAAUAUUAUCUCUGAUGCACUGGAAUGCGUCUUCUUCGUAAGAGUUUAGUCAUUAUUUUUGCUGUCCCAAGUGUGAUUAUUCACCUUAAUGAGAUUGCUUGGCUGAAUGAUGCGGAUGCAUAGAGGCUGAAUGAGAAGAGAGCUGGAAGAGAACAUCAUUGGAGUCACGGACAGACUGCCACAUCCACGCUGAACGAAUCACUGUGACAUCUGGCACUAAAACUGCUUAGUCUGUCGCGACAUCUGUGAGCUGUUCUGGCUGUACUCGAGUUUAGGUGGCACCCCAGGCAACAUCCGGAGAGGACCGAGUCCGGAUUGAAUCCGCACAGGACCGAAGUCUAAACUAAUGCAGAGUGGACUGAGUCUGGGCUGAAUUCGUAAAAGUAAAUUCAACCCAGACAGGAUCUGAUUCCGGACGCAAUCUAGUCAGGAACUGAAUCCAGUCUCAGUCUAGAUAGGAUCUGAAUCCAGACUGAGUUCAUAAAGGACCUAAAUCUAGAUUGAAUCCAGAUAGGACCUGAUCCAGUCUUAAUCGUGAUAGGAUCUGAAUCAAAACUGAGUUCAUAAAGGAUCUAAAUCUAGACUGAAGCCAGAUAGGACCUGAACCCAGUCUCAAUCUUGAUAAGAUCUGAAUCAAGACUGUUCACAAAGGAUUAAAUCUAGACUGAAUCCAGAUAGGACCUUUAACCCAGUCUCAAUCUUGAUAAGAUCUGAAUCAAGACUGUUCACAAAGGAUUAAAUCUAGACUGAAUCCAGAUAGGACCUGAACCCAGUCUCAAUCUUGAUAAGAUCUGAAUCAAGACUGUUCAUAAAGGAUUAAAUCUAGACUGAAUCCCGAUAGGACCUUUAACCCUGUCUCAAUCUUGAUAAGAUCUGAAUCAAGACUGUUCAUAAAGGAUUAAAUCUAGACGGAAUCCAAAAAGGACCUGAAUCAAGACUAAAUCCAGGUGUGAAUUCAGACUGAAUCCAUAAAAGACCUGAGUGCAUUUCAAACGAAUCGAUUGAAUCCAGAUACAACCUAAAUCUAGAUUUCAUCCAGAUCUGACCAGUAUCAAUCCAAAUAGUACUGAAUCCAAAAAGGAUUUAAAUUUGACCUGAAUCCAGUCUCAAUCUAGAUAGGAUAUGAAUCUAGACUGAAUUUAUAAAGAACCUAAAUCUAGACUAAUUCCAGACUGAGUUUAUAAAGGAACUAAAUCUAGACUGAAUCCAAAUAAGACCUGAACCCAGUCUUAAUCUAGAUAGGAUCUGAAUCCAGAUUGAGUUCAUAAAGGACCUAAAUCUAGACAGAUCUAACCAGAAUUCAGCGUCAAUCCAAAUAGGAUCUGAAUCCAAAAAGGAACUAAAUCUGGACUGAAUCCAGACAGGACCUGAAUCUAAGCAGAAUUCGAUAGAACCUAAAUCUAGAUUAAUUCCAGAUCAAACCAGAAUUCAGACUCAAUUCAGACAGGAUCUUAAAAUCAGAUUGAGUGCAGUUCAAAUCCACCAUAGUUCAAACUGAAUCCAGAUAGGACCUAAAUCUAGAUUCAGUCCAGAUCAGACCAGAAUUCAGAUUCAAUUCAGAUAGGAUCUCAAAUUCAGAUUGGACUGAGUGCAGUUCAAAUCCAACAUAGUCCAAACUGAAUCCGGAUAAAAUCUAAAUCUAGAUUUCAGUCCAGAUAGGAUCUCCAUAUCCAGGUUGAAGCCAGAGAGCGCCUGAGAACUGAAUCCAAACUAAAUAUAGAGAGAACCUAGUUAAGGUUGAAUCUAUAGAGGACCUGAGUCCUAUUUGAAUCCAUAAGAAGUACUGAAUCCAUCUAUGAUCCCUGGGACACCUGCAACGAUGCUCCCAGCCACUGAGGCAGCCAAGAUCUACCAGACCAACUAUGUCAGGAACUCUCGUGCCAUCGGGGUCCUGUGGGCCAUCUUCACCAUCCUCUUCGCCAUUGUCAACGUGGUAUGUUUCGUUCAGCCCUACUGGAUCGGGGACGGCAUGGACACGCCACAGGCCGGCUACUUCGGCCUCUUUCACUACUGCAUAGGGAGCGGAAUGUCCCGGGACCUGAAGUGCCAGGGGAGCUUCACAGAGUUUGGCUCCAUCCCGUCUAGCGCCUUCAAAGCUGCGUCCUUCUUCAUUGGUAUGUCCAUGGUGUUGGUCCUCUCCUGCAUCGGCUGCUUCGCCUUCUUCUUCUUCUGCAGUACAGCCACUGUGUAUAAGAUCUGCGGGUGGAUGCAGCUGGCAGCAGGUACGUGUCUGGUGCUGGGCUGUAUGAUAUAUCCUGAUGGCUGGGAUGCUGAUGAGGUGAAGAGGAUGUGCGGAGAAGGGACGGACAAAUACACCAUCGGAGCAUGCUCAGUGCGCUGGGCGUACAUCCUGGCCAUCAUGGGCAUCAUGGACGCCCUUAUUCUCUCUUUCCUGGCUUUUGUGCUGGGCAACAGGCAGGAUGGACUCAUGUCCGAGGAGCUGCUGGGAGACAAGAGUGGAAAUGCAUAGAUGCCAGAUACACUCAGGUGUUUCUGUCUUGUUCAAGGAAAAUCAUUAUGUGAAAACACAAUCCAGCUUUACCCAUCAUCCUAAGGGCAGGAAGCCUGACUGCAGCGGUUUGAAAAAAAAAACAAAAACGUUAAAGCAAAGGAUGCAAACAGGGUGAACGGAGUUGGGAACUCACUGCUUUUCUGUCCAUACCCUUCUUUUCAUUCACUCCCUGGAAUUGCUUCUCAACAAAUCCCUACCCUAGUUUGAUUUACCGUGUUCUGUGCUACUAACAUGAUAGGGCAGCUAAUGCACCGUUUAGAAGUAACUUUGACUUGGAGUAAUGAUUAAAAAAAAAAGUAUUUAUUUUACAUUGUGUCCUCUUUUUCAGCCCUGCAUUAUAAUAAUGUUAAUAUUUUGCGAUUUAUGAAUUACUGUAAAACACUGUUCUAUUUAACUGGAUUCUACAAAUAUAAAAGGAAACGUUUACAGGUUUGAAUUGUGGGAUGUACACUCCAGCACAGAGCUGCACCACAGAGACAUUUCCGGUCUGUUAGUAUUUCUGUAGCACCGCCACCCCUGGACAAAAAAAUUAAAAUAAAAAAAAAUUAAUAAUGCAGCAAAAUGGGACACUGAAUCUUUAUCUGAGAGUCAAUUUACAGGCUGGUGAUUAUUUAUCGGGUUUCAAAAUGUACAAUUAUUUCACGAACACUAUCCAACGUUGUUUAAAAGGGGUAUGUAAACAGAAGUUGAGAGUUCACUGUUAAUAUAUUUUAAAAAUAAGUGUCAAAAUUAGGGGCAGGCGUGUCUGCCAUUAGUAAUUGUGCACAAGCCAAGUAUAUACAGAAGUAGGAGAGUGUUUUAAGUAUUAUGUAUUGAGUGUAUAUGUUGAAUUUCUGUAUGUCUCUAAUUCGAUAUUUACUUCUCGGCAGUGUUGGUGCUGUAUAGUUAUGUGUGCCAUAAUUAUGAUGUUCUCAUACCGUACCGUUUUGUACUCUUGGUAUAAUCAUUCUGUCCCACCAAGAUGAACGAACAGCCUAGGAUCGCCAACCGAAAAGUAACGUCAUGAGAAAACCUGGAGGAUGUGGUUUCAAAAAGCAAAUGCCCACAGGAAAUGACCUCACUGUGUACCUAGUGCCACUCCCUCCCUUCUUGGACAGCUGAAGAGUUUGGACAAUGCUGGACGAAGUUCUGAAGGGAAAGAAAAAAAAAUGUUUCGCUUUAUUUAUUGGGUGUCUGUCUUGUCAGAUGAUGUUGUAUGUAGAAAAUGAUGUAAAUACACCAUUAAAAUGUAUUAGUUAUAAAAGUUCAUUAAAGACAAUUCACCCACAUUAAUGAAUAAAGAUUUUACCUCUAAAGACUCAA